AUGUCUAACCUUACAAGACUUCACUACUUUGAAAAUAAUAUUUCGUGGAGCUUAGAAAGUUUUUUACAGUGGAGCCUGUUCUAUGCUAACGACUUUGAUGGAAAUAAAGAUAAAGAACAUCGAAUUUAUAAGACACAUUUAGAAGCAAUCUAUAAUGAUCCGAAUUUAUUGAAGAACCGUGAUAGCGAAAAGUGUGUUACUAGCUCAAAAGGUGCUAGGAUACGUCUGACAGCCCGGUGGAUACGUCUAGCGGGGCACCUUAGGAUACGUCUGAAUUGGGCACAACUUCGAACCGCUCUUUAUGAAAUUUAG